AUGUUCACUGAAGCAGGUCAUUAUGGGGAUGCUAUAAAGAAUGUUUUUGGCAAAGGAAAAAGGUAUCCAAUUGGAUAUAUUUUGGAAAAUUGGAGAGGAGACUAUAGCUUGCUAGAGAGAAAUCAUUUUUAUAUACAAUGGUUGUUCCCAAACCGAAUGCCUGGAAUUAACUCAUAUGCUUGUGUUCUCACAGAUAGAGAUGUAGAGAUUAUUAAUGGGUCACCAGAGUUGAAAGAAAGAGUGAAGGAGGCUUUUGAAAUGAUGUUGGAUUUUUAUGGCGUGCGACUCACAAGAAACAACCGGUUUGAACCUGCAGAAAACUUCAGUAAAAGACUUGCAGUGCUUAACCAACAGUAUAACCAUAAUUAUCUUCGUAUCACAAGAAUCCUGCUGGCUAUCAAGGAACUUGGGCACAAAGAUUUGAUGCUACCUUGGCUGAAAUUCAUGGCUGAUCUGGUUUACAGAGAAAACCUGCUGAAUCAUGCAAAGGAAAGUUUUGAGAACUAUUGGCAGCACACAUUAGAUGAAAAGGAUUUUCUUCAAUUAAGAAAUUUUGUACAAGAAUGUAAGAGCACCAAAUCUACAGAGGAAAAAGCAAAGGCUACUCUGCAUAACACUUCAACAGACACACAUGAGGGUACCCCUUCCAGGACUAGUCCACUUACUACCCCAAGUAACAUACAUGACAAUGCGAAAGAUUACAUCCUAUGUACCCCUUCCAGGACUAGUCCACUUACUACCCCAAGUAACACACAUGACAGUUCGAAAGAUCCCAUUCUAGUAAAUUCUCAUACUCUCAAUAUUUCUAUAUUCUUCAACUUUAAUUUUAUUUAUAACUCUUUUUUCCUGGUAUCUAUCUAUCUAUCUCAGUGCAAGAACUCGCAAUCCCAGGCUACCCGCAAAACAUGA